GUUGUCAUAAGAGAGUUCUGUGUUGUUUUGGCAGCACUUCUCUUCUUCAAAUUUCGACUCCCUUGUAGGCUUGUACGGUAGUUGUACCUAAUCAGAGCUCUGCCUCCGCCUGCUGCACUUCGUCUCCAACUACCCCUUCUCCGCCCAGAUUGCUCUGAAGCACCACCAGCCAUGGACUCUGCUUUGGCCUCUUCACCAUUAUCCCUUCUCCGUUCCCGGAACUCUUCCUCUUUCCUCCCAAAUCUACCACCACCACUACAAGCAAGGUCCCUUUCCCAUCUCCCUUUUGCCAUUCCAAAGCCCUCGCUUUCCCCUCCAGCUCCUCGCCUAAGGAUUUCAAACGCCGCCGCCAAAAACCCCAUCAUCCGCACCGUCAAUUCCACCGCUCGCACCCUUAUUCUAACCGCUGCCGCCGCCUUGCUCGUCGGAAAGUUUCCCCACGCGCCGGCAAGGGCCCAGUCCCCGGUCACCAUCUCCGAACAGACCCAAGUUCUCGACGAAACCGCUGCCGCCACCGAAGAACAAUCCUCGCCGUUGGAGAGUUUUCUCGAUUCCAAUUCCGAGGCCGUCGACGCCUUGAAAGCCCUGUUGCAGCAGAAGCUCGAGAAUGGCGAAGACGACGAAGCUUUGAACAUAUUGAGGAAGUUGGUGUCUGCGCAGCCGGCGAUGACGGAGUGGAAGUUCCUCAUGGCGAGGCUGCUGAACGAAAUGGGCAGCACCGAAGACGCACGGAAGGUGUUCGAAGAAAUUCUGGAAGCAAAUCCGUUGUCGUUUGAAGCGCUUUUCGAGAACGCUCUGUUGAUGGACCGAUGCGGGGAGGGAGAGGCGGUGAUUAAGCGGCUCGAGGAGGCGUUGAAGAUUGCGGAGAGUGAGAAUAAAGCGAAGGAAGCUCGCGACGUGAAAUUGAUAAUGGCGCAGAUAGAGUUCUUGCAGAAGAAUGUGGAGGAGGCGUUGAAAAGGUACGAAGAGUUAGCGAAGGAGGAUCCGAGUGAUUACAGGCCGUAUUUUUGUAAAGGGACGAUUUACAGCUUGACGGAUAGGAAUGAAGAGGCGAGGGCAGAGUUUGCGAAGUAUCGGGAGCUUUCACCGAAGAAGUAUGAGGUUGAGGGGUUCUUACAGACGCCCCUUUCCAGGGUGAAACUUUUCCGGACGGAUUCCAAGAAUUGAGGUGUUUGGGGGCUCGGAAAACUUUCAAGAAAUAAUGGCGGAAGAAAUGGCAAUUUUCUGCCGAGGCCAACCGAAGGCGGUAUGGGAUUUUCAGGUACUCCCCCGUCUUUGUUAGAUUUUGUUGUUCAGUAUUCCACAUCUUUGAAUUUUUCAAAAAUGUUUUGAAUAGUUGUUGAAGCUCAAAAUGGAUCAUAUACGCAUAUAUAGAAUUCAGAGUUGUAUGCAAAUUCAAGGCUGUGCUGUUGAGAACAUGUUCUGUUUUUAAUAAAAAUGCUGCUGCUGUUCUGUAUUA